AUGGCAGGUGUCUCGCCUGCUGUCCUCUGCCAACCAGAUGGCACAUUGGGAAGGAACACUGCAGUCCAUGAAGACCAAAACAAUGGGACACAAGUGGACAGUCUAUCCCUGGCCUCCAUCAACAACAACUUGGCCUUCAGCCUCUACAAGCAGCUGGUUUUAAAGAAUCCAGAUAAGAACAUCGUCUUCUCCCCAUUCAGCAUCUCAACUGCCCUGACCAUCCUGUCCCUGGGAGCAAGCAGAAACACCCUUAAAGAGAUUCUGGAAGGUCUCAAGUUCAAUCUCACAGAGACGGCUGAGGGAAACAUCCACAGGGGCUUUGGGCACCUCCUCCACAUGCUGAGCCAGCCAGGGGACCAGGUGCAGGUCAGCACAGGCAACGCCAUGUUUGUUAAAAAACGCCUGCAGAUCCUGGUAGAAUUCAAGGAGAAGGCAAGGGCCCUGUAUCAAGCUGAGGCCUCCUCAACUGACUUCCAGCAGCCUCAUGGGGCCAAAAAGCUCAUCAAUGACUACGUGAGCAAAAAGACCCAUGGGAAGAUCAAGGAACUGAUCUCAGAUCUGGAUGAUCAGACGUUAAUGGUGCUGGUAAAUUACAUCUACUUUAAAGGUGAGGAUAGCCACUGUUUUAGGGUGGAUGAAAAGGGUGGAGGCUGGGUACAUUGUGUCCUUAUGCUGACCACUGGAAAGGAGAUGAUCAAUGAGCUCUACGUGCCCAAGUUCUCCAUCUCCACUGACUACAGUCUGGAGAACAUCCUUCCACAGCUGGGCAUCAGAGAAGUCUUCUCCGCAAAGGCUGACCUGUCUCGGAUCACAGGAAACAAGGUCCUGAAGGUCUCUCAGGUCGUCCAGAAGGCUGUGCUGGACGUGGGUGAGACGGGCACAGAGGCAGCGGCUGCCACAGGAGUCAAAAUUGUCUUUCUCUGUGCAAUGCUGGGAAAUAUGAUAGUGCUUUUUGGCAGGCCAUUCCUGAUGCUUGACUCUGAAACGAAUACUCAAAUUACCCUCUUUCUGGCCAAGAUCACAAACCCCAAAUGAGGCUACAGCUUCACAAGGGGAUAGCCUCCUGCC